AACUGCCUUGAAAAUAGCUGUCGUUCGCCUAAAGUAGAAUUCCUUGCAGAUUCCAAAACGGCUCGAACACUGAAACAGGCGCAAAUCCGUGGUCACGUCCAACGUUUCUCGGUAAUUAGCCGGUAAAACAUCCGUUGAUAGCUAGUUUGCUUGAGGAUCAGAGAACAAACAAAUCGACGUUCGUUUUUGGAAACGCAAAUAAGGAUUCGGUUGCUUCAAAUUCAGAUAACAGUUUCAUGGAACUCUCUCAAAGGUCACGUCGUGUUUUGACCGAAAUAGGAUUCCUAGCGGAAAUAUGGAAUCCUGGAACUAGGAAAACAAGGCAUGGAAUUCACCACCCAGAAUAGUGCAUUUAUCAACGGAAUUUAAUUACGCGAAAGGCGUGCUUACAAAAAUAUUGUUUUUACAACUGAUACUGUAAAUAAACCCAUAACGUAUAAAAGAACGACGUUUUUAAGUGUUACAAGAAAUGAUAAGUUAAAGAAGUUGGUUGUUAGGAGUUAUUCAAAAUACAGUAAAUCACGCGUUCACUUGGGUGCUGUUUUUCACUAAUUUGUAACGACUAUCGCCUGCCAAGCUUCCUCAACUCACAAAACAUUAUACUUUAUAAUUUUGCCGUUGACUAUUGCAGAAUACCUUGAAAAUGGCUAGCCUGAGAAAACAGCCGACAUUUUGCGACGCCACCACUGGUUUCACAUUUCACACGGUAACCAGUGGCGGCGUCGCGAUAUGUAAAUCGUGUGGUUUUAUGCUAACAAGUGUUUUUAAGCAAAAUUUACAUUAGAAAAGAGAGGAUGUUUCUGUCAAGACAAUGUCAACCUCAGCCUCAAGUUCACUCAAAGGCUUGGACACAAAGCCCUCAACUGUGAAUGGCCUAUUGUAACUACUUCUACAACUGAAGAUAUUUAAAUUGUUAGGAACUUCUACAACUGAAGAUAGAAUAAGUUUCCAAAACAUGUCUUGUAAAUUGAAAUUGUUGAGUCAUUUCUUCAGAUAAUAAUUUAUAUAAUUUUUCAUAUAACAUUAAUGUUUAUUAUUUCACUUUUUUCCCAUUUCAAAAAAGUAAAGAGCAGGGAAAUAGUGUAUGACCACUUGCAGUAUAAACUUGUUUGAACGGACGGGCAGGGUUGAACGGCGGCCGGAAAUAACGUCACCAUGUGUAAAAAUACUGCUUUUGCUAAGUUCCCUGUAAUUUGACUUACGUAACCCUGCUUACGACAGCACAACACAACAGGUAGGAAUUUAAGAAAACGCUUUACAUUGCUUUAGUGAGACACACACUCGCAUUCACUUAUCAUGACUGUCAGCUUGUCUAAGAGGAAUUUCUUUUUGUCCCUGGUUGCAGAUACUCCUAAGCAUGGCUACAUUGAAUUCUUGGAGCGUGUUGCUAUGAUAACGCUCACACAGGUCAUAACUGUCAAAACAGAUAGGAUGUGCGACGUUAAUUUCUUCAUUUACUGUGUUAAUCAGAUCCUCUCUUUCUGAAUAUUCCUGCAAGCACUGUAUGUCUUCCUCCUUUUCCGUUGACAAGCCGACAACACCCUGCUCUUUACGACGUGCUGCUGCCAUCCGCGAAAAAAAGCUCUGAACUUGGUUCUUUGAAAGCCACUCAGAUCUAGUAAACAGGCGUUCAUUAGACUCAUUUUUUAGCAUUUCGCAUGUCUGCUGCAACCUGGGUCAGCCUUACGCCCUGUUCUUUCUCCUAUUGUGAAACGUGCUGUUAGGUAUUCUUUGACCUUUGGCGAAAAUCUAACGCUACUUCUCGGUUUGCUUAAGGCCCAACCUGUUUGCAGAGAUGAUUUGCUUGAAGUGACUUCUGAAAACGUUGGCGGUCCCCCGGAAGGCACUGAAUACAUUUCGGUGUCAGCAGGGUUAUCUACAGAUGAGAAUUUCAGUGGCCAGUCCCUUCUGAUGACAUCAUACUGGUUUAACCUGCUGGCAGUAUGUUUACCGACAUCGAUCAAGAUGCAGCUCUAACUGCGCAAAGGAUUCAAAGGCCUCGUUGCAACCGAGCUUUGAACAUUCAAACAGUGGUGUACUACUCUCAGUACUCUUGCUAGCUUCUGAACUGGGUUUUACCUCUCGUUUUCCAAGUGGUACAUAGAAUUCUAGGGAUUCCACUGUUUGGAGAGCGGUUGGAACCUGAUUGGUGACAUAAAGCAUUUCAUAUGGAAUGUACUUUCCAUCGCCUAUACCAUAGCAUUUCCACACUCUAAGACCAUCAGCUUCAUAUUCAAAGUUAUGAAAGCUGCUGAACUGCUCCAUCUUCUUUACCGAAAGACUCUUUCUCGACUCGUUGACUACACAAACCGCGGCAGAUGUUCCUUUUACCGGGUGUUGUAUUAAGGCAUCUCUCAUGUCUGCAGCAGUUAAAACAUCAUGACCUUCGUUGCAGUACAUACGGAUGGAGGACUUCAGUGGACACAGGAUACGAUCACAAAUAUCCUUUCCAGACUGUGGCUCUGAGUAAUGAUAACUAUGUACUGUAACACCAACUCUCUUUGCGAUAUCUCUUACAGCAGCAAUCAAGGAGCUGUUGUGAUAACAACCAGCCUCAUCUGACUUUAAAUAUGCUCUUUGGAUGAGAGGAUUCCUGGCUUUUAGUUUUGUCAGAAGGUCUUCUAGAAUUGAAGCUACUGAGAACCAAUCCUGUGUACACUGAUCGAAAAGGUGCGCGUAAGAGAGAACCUCAGUUGCACUGGACAUGUCUUUGGUCACGACACUAGUGAUGUGCCAGCUGAGCCCUCUCUUACCAUACCAAUCAGUUUUUUUUUCUCUGUAACGAAGCUGCAAGAACUUCAUAGCCCAGUCCAUUACUAGAAGGCACGAAUUCUGAUCAAGCUCUGCCAGUAUAUCUUGUUUCGCACAUUCCUGGUUUACAGCUCUCAUAAUGUGGGCUUUCCACUGUACAAUAGCAUCGGAAGCUUUCUCGAUGUCGUACAGGAAGUCUUCUUUCUGUUCUUUGCUGUAAAAGCGUAAGCUUUCACUGUCAUUGACGGUUUGUUGCAAUUUAUGCAAACAGGAAGUGAUGUCAUCACAUUGAGGGCAGCUAAGGGUAUGUUCAUGUGUACAUUUCUCUUGAAAAUUUUGAUCAUUCGGGUCACUUAGACCCAACUUACGGCAAUGAUCUGGACAUGAGCUCUCAUUAUCUUUGCAAUUCUUUUGAUAUUCUGUUUUCAAAUACUUCUUACCGUCCCGAAGAGAUCUACUUAUAUCAUCUGCCAAGCUCUUCUCUAGGCCAAUAUGACCAAGCUCCUCUACUAUUCGUUGUAGGCGCUCGAACGCCGCUGACCCAUCGGCAGCUGUGUUGUCUAAACCACUCAAGGAUUUCUGUUGUGAGGCCUCCCGUACUUCGAGAACACGAAAUAGACUCGCGCGACUUAGGGGUUCGUAUUGUUCUUCUUCACAGAACUUUAGAUAUUGCCUGAUCAUUGUUGCUCUUGUUACUUUACGUAUGAUGUUCGGCAUUGUGAGUUUCUCGCCGCUUUUAAGUUUCAGUUUCCUUGUACCAAAUGCAACAUCUUGAUAAAAGUAUGGCCGGUUAACAAAGUCUAAGAAAUGGUCAAGUUUCGCUGGGAGAAGUCGAACCCUAUGAGAAGGCGGCUUUUCUACUAAGGAGCCUGGACUGCAUUCCCUUGCGUGAGCUCUAGCACGUUUGAUUUGCCAAGAUGUUAGCUUCGCAAAUGGUUCGUGGAUCCUCUGAAGCGUCCUCGCUGGAUAUCUAUAGGCAUAAAGGCUCAGAAUUUGAGUCUUCACGUUUCUUUUCUUAGCAGCGUUGUAGGCUUGCAUCAGUGGUUCAAGAUCCUCAUAGUCUGCCUUUGUAUCAGGAAUACAACAGGACUGAAGUAGCUCCUGUGCAGCCUUUGGCGCUAUAAUCUCACACACGAGGCUACAGGCUUCAGUAGCCUUAUCGAUGCACACUUCUUUCUCGUGCUCUUUUGCCUCAUCCCACGUCGUUUUUAACUGAAACGUUAAGGGACUGACCUGUCUAGUAGUAGAAACCUCAUUAAGCUUUCCCAUGGCGGCAUUGAAUUCUGAUAUGGCGGACUCUGCCACGCUUUCAGCAACAUCCUCCUUCCCAGAGCUACAGUCCGGAGGCCUCCACCCCGUCGUCCACUCAGCUGCUUUUGCUGUCGGUGUCACGGAAGGCGUAGAAGAUACUGCAGCUGAGAUCUUCAUAGAUGCAAUACAUUUUACAAGUCUGUACAAUUAAGGAAAUAAAAAUUAACACAUACCGGAUUCAAGUUUUCUUUUUACUUGAUUAUUAUCCUCAUUGUCGUUGAGGCGUUAAAUAAAAAAGUUCAUAGAAUAAAACAAAGAGGACUCAUAAUAAGCUGCGCACAUAAAACCUGUCCCUAUUAAAUAAAAAUGAAGUGAUACGAAACCUUUUCAAUACAACACACUAAACAAUUUUUUUGUAUCUAGAAAGAAAUGUGUUUAAUUUGGAGUCAUUUACAUUGAAAUUCAUCAAUAGUUACAUAGUUUAUAGCAACGUACUGAUACUGAUAUUUUGCGCCGGAAAUUAUGCACCUUGAAGGGUUAUCAUCCUGUUUGUUGUUGUCUUCGCUUCCUUUCUGUUUCAAUAGAGCAUUAUUUUCUUCAAGCUUGACUUUGUGUAAGUUAAAGCAAGAUACACAGAUCACUGAAAAUAAAAGUAGCGAAAUAAUGAGAUAAAUCGCGAGAAAGGAAUGACUGAAUGUAAAAAAAAAAACAAACAACCAAACAAACAGUCACAGAGAGAACAGGAGUUGCGCAUCAGGCCCCGGCGCGCUCUUUUCACACCGCACCUCGAAAGCGGAGAGCUCUUUAAAACAGGUGUAGAAGACACAGAACGGCUAAAACGAGCGAAAUUCACAUCACUAGAAAUUUCUGGUGUUAUCAACACGCGUCUAUUACAACCUUUCUAGCAGCCUUAACUGCUGACAAACUACCUUAUUUUCCUAUUACAUUAUUUAGUCAAAUAAUGAUCAUUAUUUCAUCUUUAUCUUUCCCGGGGUAUAUUACAUCGAGCCAGUUUAACUCCUUCCAGUUGACUUGCUAGCUCACUUAGAAUGUAGUGGAUACUGGCAGGUUUGACGAGGUCGCCAGUAUUUCCCCAUGUCGUUUCUGUGUUUUUCACAUAUCCAGAGCCGCUCAAGUUGAUCGAACGAAAGGUCGUGUGCUAGACCUGAUCUGUUGAGGAUAAGGUCAUAUUCGAGGAGUUGCCCCUGAAAAUGACUGAGGACGUUCAACUUUCACAAUGAAUCGUCGAUACUGCUCUUGCAGUCUGAAAGUUUUAUUAACUUGCCGCCAGACUCGGCACAAACAGAUUCACCUCUAGCCUCGAAUAAGCACUUACAGAGUUCCAUUCCAUAAAAAAAUAGGGUGGUAAAGAUUAAAACUACCAAAAGACUUUCCAUGCGUUAAGUAUCCUCACUCGGCUCCUUUUCUGGGCUUUGCCUUGUCCAUGAUUUGACUGGCUAGCGGUAUCAUGUAUAAAAUGGAAGAUCUGAUUAGCAGCGAAUUUUAGAGGCCAUCAAUUUUCGAUUCUUUUUUCCGUCUAUCCUGUUUACUAUUUUCACCAUUUUAUCUGGUCAUGAAUUUAUUCAAUGAAUUUCCUUUUGCUCGGUAUCUUUAAUGAAGAAGACCCAAGGAAACAUAGUUGGUUUCUUAUUCCAGGUUUCUUAAUUUCUCCGUUUCCGGUUUCUAGCUAAAGUUGCGUGACUAGGCGUGACAUCCCAAGGUUUUAACGGGCUUUGACGCGAACAAAUUUUUAUUUUCUCUCCGAAAACGUAGCUGAAAAGUCGAUAUUCUCGGCUUGCACUGUCACGCAAUGAAAAAUAAAAAUGCAAACCAUUCAAUACAGAAGGACUAGAAUCUGGGAAAUGAAAAAAGAUAAAUAUACAAAAACCCUUGCCAAGAAUCAGGUCUGUGAAAUAAUUCAAACGCGAGAUAUUGGGAAAAACGGUUUACCUAAAUUUAUAAAGCUUUGUAUGGAAACGCCAUGUUGGUGUCCGUUUCAGGAACACCAAUAUGGCCGCCGGAUACCAAGAGAAACAUCUGUUUUCGAGUUUUCCUACUAAUGCGUGAAUUCUUCGCUUGAGGAACUCAUAAAGACUACAGUAAUAUUUAUUCUAAGACAAGGAAUGUUUAGAUUGCAAAAUCUCCCAAAAUCGGUAAUGUUUUUAACCCACAUAAGAGCUUUCCCCGGUCGCCAGCUAAAUGCCGCGUCACGCAAAAGCCUGGAAAUUCAAGCGUCCUCUCUAGCAAAACGAAGAACCCUUUCGAACCAAAAAUUUGUUUAUGUAAAGAUGUUUAGGUACUGUAAUACCUCGUGAAAGUAGAAACUCAGAAGAAUCGAUAGUUUCUUAGUUUGAUUUUUGGUGACGUCACGUGCAACCCAAGAAUAUUCUGAUUCUCGAGCAAAUUGCUCUGAAUGGUUGUCUCAUCAAGGUAUUUUAAUACAAUACACGCGAAACAUGAGCCGUAUGAUCGUUACAUUUCGAUCGGAGACAUUUUGGAUUCAACUUCGCCAGCAAUUUUCAAGGCUAAAGUAUACUUGAUUUUUAUGGAAUCAUGCUUCUCGGAAGUCAGGAUUUUAUUUCAUUUGGUCAAACGUUCCUGCCUCGCAUAAGGUAAGCCGUAAUUUAGACAAAAUCUAGUCGAGAUAAGUAGUGAUGAUUUAUUACGCUUUAAAGGAAAAAAUGGCUAAACCUCGAAUGUGCUCAUAUAAAAACGACCAUACCUUUUGAAAUACUAAAAUCGUACACAGGUUCUUGUGAAUUCUUGUCAAUUAAGGAUCAAUCUAUAGUCUAGAAUAACCAGCUCUGUCCCAAAAAGUAGAAAUAUGCUUCUAAACUAAGGCCAUUUUUGGCCGUCUGUUCGAUGGUAUUUUAUAGGGGUCAUAUUUUGGUUGAUUUCAUCUUUCUGCGUACGUUUACGGAGAAAUACAGCGCUCCAAAAAAUGCCAAAUUUUCAAUUUUUGGGCCCCGCCAUAUGGCCAUGGCGAGCAAAAGAAAUUCGUGCUUCUUAGCGCGGCCAGAAAAUACCUUUGAAUCAAAGCAAACCUAUUUUAAUUAUAGUCCCAAUAAAGGCUUUCAUCUACCAGAGGUUCAGGCAAAAUCAUUUUUCACGCGAAAUUGAGUGGGCGGUUUUUACUGAGACUGCCUCUUAAUAAUUGAGAACAAUUAUAAACUUGUUUAAAUAUAGUUUAGACUAAAUUGUAUGAUAUGCUGAUUAUGGUUUCCAAAUUUUACAAAAUUAAUAUUUUUUGCAGUUUAUCCUCGCGUUUCUCUCCAUCCGGGACCUCAUUACGCCAUCAACGGAAAAAGUUAUACCCUUCCACUUUGUCACGUGACUGGGUACCCUACACCAUUGGUCUCUUGGAGAAAGUCAGCCGGCCAGUUACCCCAGGAGAGGAUGAAGUACAACAACAGUGCAUUACAAAUUCUACAUGCCCGCAAAGGCGACUCUGACUUUUACUUCUGUUUCGCAUCAAACCUGCUAGGAAGCGUUGAAAAGAAAACUCUCUUAGUUGUUGUUUCUCCUCUUCGCUUCACUGUUACUCCACCUGCAAAAGUUGUCGCUUGGGUAGGCGACACUUUUAUGUUAAACUGUAGCGCUACUGGUGAUCCCCAACGCGUCAUCAGCUGGAAGAAACAAGAAUGUCAACUGCCCGUUGGGCGGAGCCAGCAGUUUAACGGCUCGCUAGUGAUAAGAAACAUAACAAUAGACGAUAUAGGAUAUUACGUCUGUGUUGCAGCGAGUGCAGGAGUAUUAAAGGCGGAAGCUGUCACCACUACUGAAGUUUAUAACGGUAUUUUAAUAUAGACAAUAUAAGUAAUAAUACUACAUCAAGAAGCUUCUUUCGUGUUUAGCAACCUCUCGUGUGCAAAACAAAUAGAUUCCAUGUCAGUAAUGUAGGAGCUGCUCGUAAGGUGUUUCCUCAUUGGUCGUAGAAAACAAUAAUACAUCAUUGUUUAUAAUUAUUUCCCAUUGUUUCACCGUUAGGGUAUCGAACCAAUUAGGGUUAGGAGAGCUGCUCCAUGUGGCUGUGUGUCUAUUUAGCAAUUAUUCCUCGAGCCCGAAUGGGCUCUAAGUCAAUAGCCCAUUCGGCCUUCGGCCUCAUGGGCUAUUGACCCAAGAGGCCAUGAGGGCGAGAGGAAUAAUUGCAUUAGUAAAAUCCAAUUAGUUGGUCAAAAAUAUCGAGGCAAAACAACUGUAGCUAGCAAAACGCGAUUCAGUCGCCAUUGUUUAGGUUUUCAAAGCCCGCCCUUUUCAUUACUAGUGGGCUAUAACCGCCCAGCAGUAGCUCAAACAAUCAGAACAAAGCAUUGAUAAUAGAACACUAGCUGGAUCUUACUAAUCAGUAAUAGAUCACAGCUAGAUGUCGUCGAAAUGUGGCCCUGAACAGAAAGCCUCCUUCAAAGUAACGAAUAUUGAAUACUGACAAACCGUUAAAACCAAAAGGCAAAAGUAAUCACUCUAGAAAUACGAAACCUUUAAUAAGCGGCUGGCUUCAGUCUCUUUUUUCACAAAUAUUUCUCUUUCAGAAACAGCACACUUGCUUUUAAGAAUUAUUCUUCAGAGUUUUAAACUACAUUAUUUCAUACUUGCGAUGAAUAUUUCGAUCACUGUGGGAAAAUAAAUCAGUUCAGAUGCUUCAAGCUGUGAAACAGUCCUGGGAGCCAGAGACUUAUCAUGCGCGGUUUUCGGUUUCGGUCAAGUCUUUGUAGAGAGCGGCACGCAUACAUUGUACUUUAUCGCCCCUCAAAAUUCAAAUGUUAGGCGGCCAAACAUGUCAUGUUUGAACCCACUUACAAAGUACUUCUCGUUUCGUGUCCACGUUACGUUAAGAUCCAAACGUUGCGUGGAGUGGGAACCUGACCGCUUUCCCCAGCGAUUCCCGCAAGCCAGGACAACUUUGCUCGUCGGCGGCUUCUCUGGCAAGAUUUUAUUCACGAAGAAAUCUUCUGACUUGUUGACGAAAGUAAUACCGAGUUUGCAUGUCAUUUUGCUUGCUGUGCGUGAUCGGCAGUAAAAUGAAUUACCCAUCAUGUUUAAAAUUACAUGACACCUCUGAAACCGACCAAUGAGGUGGCAUCCUUUAAAUAACCACGCAGUAUGACACAGGGCCAAGAAUAGAUUUCAGAAAAUUUUCAUGGGAAGAGGGUGACGUAAGGGGGAUUCGAUCUCUUACCUCAUUCUCUUUUGCUCUUGUAUAGGUGCGCUCAGGGUAUCAAGCAUUCUCGGUUCCCUUAACGGCGAGUACCUUGGCCAGUUGAAUUCCUAUUUAGACCCAGUCCUUCAGAGUCCAGACCGCAGCAGGUUUGUGAGGUGUUGGCAAGGUAAGACAAAUGGGUGGGCGUCAUCAACACUCCACAGCAAAUGUGAUGGAAAGGGUCCCACUGUAACCAUCGUCCAAGUUGGUAGUUACAUAUUUGGUGGAUACACAGACAAGUCUUGGUCGAGCCCAUCACCCGGUAGGUAUCAGUUACAUAUUUGGUGGUUAGACUUGGAAAACUGGUUAUUAUGUCUUGACAGUUUUGGUCGCACAGGGUUUCUAGGAAUGCACACUCAGGUUAUCUUUAUAGCCGGCUGAUUUUCUGCAUUACACAGUAUUUGUGACGGAAGGAUCUCACAUUAACAUUUUUUCCUUACUGAACUAGUCUUGAUUCUUCAGUAUCAUUAUAUCCUUUCGGAAGCUAUAAGGCGAAGCUAAUUCUGUUAAUAUUGCCCUAUCGCAUGUGUAUUGUAAAUAAAAAGCAAUUUUUGUUAAUUUGAAAAUGAGACCUGGAAAAAAUGCCUUGAUUUGUACUAGAGUGAAAAAUUGAACCGACAUGAGUGGCAAGACAAGUGACCGAAAAAGAAUCAAACAAACCGCAUGGAGGUAGUCUUGAAUAUGAUCACACUUUAUAUUAAGUUUCUAGCACUUUGCAUAAAAGCGUGACCUGUGAAGCUAAUACAGAAAUCAACUAGGACCUGGCGACGUAGGGUGAUGCAUAAGGGUCGAAGGCUAAUGUGAUGCUGGUUUAAGGUGGCUCUGUCAUUAAUACAGACGCAUUGAGCUAUGACGAACUUUUCGUCGUAACUUUUUCGUUUUAAAACGACUUUUAGUUACGGAUUUCAGCUCUAACGAUUUCUCAGAAAUUCUCUGGCAUAUUUAUUUUAUCAAUUUUAAAAGUUUUAAAAAGCCGAUACCAGAAAUUUCAGUACAAAAAUAUCAGCAAAAUUUUUGCUAGACAUGUUUUUUUUUUAAACAGUAGGGUCUUCUUAAACUCUAAUUUCGCCGAACAUAUACAUAUAUAUAUUUACCAGCAAUGAAAUCGGAAUAUUUUAUAUUAUUGUCGAAUGAUAUUUGUUGUUCUUUGCAAAGUUUCUGAGCCAUCUUGUUAAAAACAAAAAAGUUGUGACGAAAAAUUCGUAGUACACUCAAUGCACCUUUAUUAAUGAGGAAGCCACCAUAAAUAAUACUGAGAUGAAUUUUACGCACCCUGUGUAUUAAAAGAAGAAAGGGGAAAAAAACGUAGAUAUACAGCGUCUCCUAUACCCUAACCUGGCAAAUACAAAGCCAGUUUGACAUCAACAAAAGACUGAUUGUUCAAAUUCUUUGGAGGUAAAUUCAAAGAAAAACUCCGACUCUUAUUGAACCAUGAAUAUCGGUAAAUGGAAAACUGAUAUUUCUUCGAGAAUGAUUUUUUUUUCAGUCAGUGGGACAGACGGGCCGGAGGAAAAAUAAGACUGCCCACCAACCCCUCCCCUAACUCAACGUUAACAUUUGCGUCUCACUUGGGGCAAAAUGUUUGGUUAGGGGUGGGGUAGGUGAUCCGAAAAAUAUUCCAGUACUCCCAAUGGGAGUCGAACCUAUUACCUUCUGGUAAAAUAAAGGCAGGAAAAUGCAGUACAUGUAGUUAGUUUUUCAUUUUACCCAUUUCUAGUUUUGUUGGUUAGGCACAGUGUUUACGAGAAAAAAUGGCCAGUGACUCCAUCAGAAUUAUGGAAUAGUAAAAGGAUAAAGAGAAUACCUAACACAAAGACACCAAUAUGGUGCGAAAAAUGUAUCACUAAGUCAUUCUGAUUUAAUGAUAAAAAUUGCGUUUUCAGAAAAUCAAGAAUAUUUUUUCCAUGGUUUAGCUGUACAUAUACGCUAGGCGUAUGUGCGUAUAUGGACGCUACGCUCCUGAUAAUGGUUUCAAAUCUUAACAGACUGGUCGCUGACGCCCAACUAGUGGAGAAAGCGUCUGUUUUUGAACAUUUUUGUUUAGCUAGACGGACCAAGUACGUGGUCGUUCGACAGCACUUUAUUUCCCUAGUCACAAGAUGUACCGUUUACAAAUCAACAAAUAUUCGAAAGGGAUUUAACUACUUGACCCUUUAAAUUUGCUGAAAAAACAGACUGCAGCUCGUCUGCUUUCCAUUACUCGCAACUCGCAACUUGCAACUCGCAACCUCACAACUCGCAAAAUACCCAGUCCUUAACAAAAAGACCACGGAAAAGGAAGAAAUACUGAAAAGGGCGCUAUUUAUAUCUUUUUAAAAUUCAUUAGACUUCGCGCAUGUGUUAAUAGAGACCUUUAGAUUCUAAGACGAGUACGACUACGAGUACGAGAUUUUCUCAACACUAAGUAGUGCACGCGCGUGAACCAGCGUCAUUUUGGCGGGAAAACGCGGCAGCCGUCGUCAUUCUACUACGAGUUUUAGCGCGAAUGUCGUGGUGGCGAAAACAAGUUAUCAAAUGUUAGAAGUUUUAUCAUUUUGCGAUGGGGAAAGCGCGUAACCUCCUUCACUAAAGGUAACAGUGCUAACUUUUCUAGUGAAAAACGGUAAAAUGAAGCUUUUCGGGAAGUCUAUAUUUUGAGAAUACGCAAAAAAACUUCAAGUCAAAUCUCGUACUCGUAGUCGUUCUCGUCCUCGAAUCUAAAGGUCUCUAUUUAUUCACAGUUUGUCAGUUUGACUAACUUUAGUUGAAGUCGCCUCGCCGUUUCGGAUGCACGUCCGUCUCAGCGAGGUCGAAUGCCCAAGCCAUGGUCCAAGAAAUGUUUCUUCAUCUUCUUCAAGGCUCGGCUCGGCCACUUAUUUGCUCGACAUUAACUUCGUCGACAUCACAAGCCGUUUUACAAGCUUAGCUGCGAAAAUUCCACCAUGUCUGAUGAAUUAAACUCGACAGAAAACUCUCAGGUAUUUUCACUUUUCGGUGUGGGGUUUGCAUUGGUCUAAGUAGCCUCAUAUAUGUUUGGUCUUUUUGCUGGUCGUUAUAAUUCUCAUUUAGUUGCUUUGGACCAAUGCUGGGAAACCACUUUUUUAUUUGGUGCUUUAAGCACGUGCUGCGUGAUUUAUUCGCUUUUAGUCUCUCAAGUCUUUUUUUUUUUUUUGCAAUCUUGCGUCGUGCACUAUUGCGUUAUCGUAGUUUUUCUUGGAUGGUGGUAAAUUAGUUAUUUCAUGUGUUUGAAAAGUUGUUAAUUUUGGUCGAGGACCGGCUACAUAAAAUAUAUAUUCUUCCGAGGACCACGAGUCUAUCUCUUUGUCUAUCAGAUAGUGGUUAUAAGAGACAAAAGACGAGAUAACGUUUUGGUCGAGGGCUAAAAGAGUAACGUCGUUGUGCUACGCGGUGGCAUUGGGAAAAAAAUAAUAACAUCAGUUGCGUUCCGAGAUAGCUGUGUCGCUCUGUGCCACGGGGUGCCCCCUCCCCGCUCUUUUACUCGGGCCAUUUUUGACUCUCGUUCCUUGUUCUUUGCUCCUAGACCGCGAAGAAACGCUUGCUACGCGGGCUAUCGCGGACCGAGAGAGCGGUGUCGCUGGGUGCUACGGGGUGGCGUUAAAAAAAAGUGAUCGGUCGCGGACCGAGAGAGCAGUGUCGCUUUGAGCGACGGGGUGGCGUUAAAGAAAAAAAAAUGAUCGGUCGCAGACCGAGAGAGCAGUGUGUCUCUUUCCCUCUAUUCGGUAGAAAAAAUGCAUUGCAAGGUAGAAAAGAACACAACGCGAAAGGAGUUUGGGAGAGAGCUGAGUCGAGAGGUCUUAGUUGUUGCAAUUAAUAAAACGAUGACCGUUCUUGGGAAGGACGCGCACAGCUCCGUGCUCCAUACCAUUGGACAGCGGAAAGUAGUGGUUGCCAAUGUGCGAUAAAGCGGGCCAUAUUUAGCAUAUUUACCUAGAGGAACGGUAGGAGGAGGCCUGGUUACCGUGAUUGCCAUAUUUACUUGAUCGUUUCGUUGGGUUUAUCGACAAAAUUAGGCGUAUAGGCACUAUUUUUACCCCUUUUUCUGGUGUCUCUUUGGUCUCGAGGUUGGAGAAGUGGCCCCACAAGCGUUUUGCCUUUAGGCAUGCCCUUGAGCCCGAUUAAUCGGGAUGCGGUGGUCUUUUUCCCCGAGCUCGGGUUUGCAGUCUCUUUUACAAUUUGUCAUCUUUGGAUCGUUUCCUUCUCGGUGACUCUUGCAGAAGAAACGCCGAUAUUUGUGCCUUUAACGUUACGGGGAGGGGUAGGCAGAUACAGAAAUGUUGAAUAUCUCUGGAUGGAAACCCGAGAACAAAAUGGCCACAAGUUAAAAAAAAUGGCCACAAGUUAAAAGAUAACAUCUAUCGGGCUUACAUAGGCCCAUAUUAUCGUGGGAUAAACCAUGUCGGGCCUAUUUAUUUAUUCACUUUUACCUGGGCAUAAGGAAUAGGGACGUAGAAGCACUGAGUGGGGUCUUCGACAGUCACCUUUGAAGUAACAGUUUUCACAGCCUGUCACUGGUUCAUGACUUAACGAUUCGAUUCAUUGAAUUGGGAGCAAACCGGGCAUAUUUGGGAUGGGGUGGUAGAAGAUUUUUCGCCUUUUGUCUCCUUGAUGACGCUAGAGCCAAAGAGGACAAGAUUUCAGGUUUAUGUGUUGGCACGUUUCACCAGGUUUUAUAUUUGUAAUACUUGCUACCGCUUGUGGAAGUUUUUUCGAUUAGCUGUAUUUUGAUUCUUACAAAAGUAACAAGGCUGACUGAUCCGGAUGUCACUUUGUACCCAUACCUUCGAUCACUCUCCUGUGGUAACUCAGUAUUGAGCGGUAGGCUUGGUGUCUGGUUUCGUUCAGAAUAACUUCUUCAUUAAUGUUUACAAAACUUCUGGACUGCAAGUUCACACGAGCAUUGUUCUUUUUCUUUACUGAUUGCUAAAUGUGUGGUUGUUUUCCCUUCGAAAAGUUUUGUCGCGCUUAAACUGGGUGGAGUGUUCUCGAAUACAGUUAACUAUUCCGUGAGGGUAGCUUUGUACAUGGUUUAAAAGGUACUUCCGCACGCAUUUCUCUCUGCUUUCCAGACCAAAUAUUUAUAGAAAUGGUCUGGGUUGUGUCAAGGCGCGGGUAUUGAAUUCCUAGAUUUGGAGGGGCGGUGACAUUAACGAAUGCCCUAGAAAGCUGCGAAGCUCGGCUCUUAGAUCGCUGGGACGAGGUGGCUCGUUAGGAACCUGUGAGAAUAUAUAGGCCCGUUACGCAGCUGUCCCCAUUUCGUGGUCGAGUCGUCCUUCGGUUCCAAACCACGCCUGGUGAAAUUUUUCUUCCAAGAUGAGCACAGAUAGACGAGCGCAUACACGUAUAAUGGUUUCUUUCCUCUCGUCUGCUUUGGCAACCGCGUUACCCCAUCCGUGCUUUCCGCCCUCUCCUUUAUUGGACUUUGUUUUAUUUUAGCGUCGAAGAAAGAGCGAGGCUGUUGAUUGGGUUAUUCGCAGAUUACAGGUGGCAUGAGCUGAUGCCUGGUGGUCAGCCGAUGCCUGGUUUUACCCUGGGAUUGCAUGACCUCUGCACGUUUCGCGAUGGAUGAACCACGGGGUGGACAUAUCCCUUCUUAUACCUUUGUUAAACAAUCAAAAUUAAAGCGAUGAAAAUGUUUUAAGGGCGAAUGGUUAGAUUUUGUUCUGCCAUCAGUAUAUGUGUUUGCUUGUUCCAAACUCAAUAUUAUGAUAUUUCCUGCUGCCUGGGGUGUGUCCUUGGACGUUAGAACGGAUCCUGAGGUAUUUUCAAGAGACCCAACGUUUGUUACCCGGUCGGUUCACGAUUUUAACAAAUGGUAAACAAAACUCAGGUCCGGAACAUUCCGUUCAACGAUCGUGUUUUCCUUGCACACGUGUCCUAUUUACCGGAAAGUCAUGAACCACGAGUUUCGGUCGGAACAUCUGUGGCUCCCUGAGAUUUUAACUUGAUGGGAACGUCAGGUGUUCGGCUACUUCCUUUCGAAUUUUUGUUACUUUUGUAAUACUAAAUCACUAAGUCGCCUAUACAGGGGUCGUGAUCGACUUUCCAUUUCUAGGCUAUAAUAUAUAGUCUGUUGAAGUGGCGUAAUAGUACACGAGAGUUAGGAUUUUCAAUCGUUUUGACUGUGCUUCAGAAAGAGUCGUAAUCUUUAAUAUGCAUUGUGUGCACGUUUUGUUUUGUUCAUUUGACAACCCCAUUUUCGCGUAAGACUGCAGAUUUUGUUGAAAAUGCAUCGUUUUAUAGGAAGUGAGCCAUAUCCUCUUCCUUCUCCAAGCGAUUUAAGAGCUCAAGCUGGCUUACUCAAUUUUUGGUAACUGGGAGGGCAAAGUAGACGCGUUAAGAUCACUGUAACCCUCACCCAAGCCCUCAUUAAUCAGCACAAAGAUGAGAACAAACAGUUAUGAGAGCCAUCUUUUCAGGUUUUGCUGGUUUGCCUUCUUGAAUAGUUAUUACUCGUCAACUCAGUUUCAUUUCUAGUCACAGAAGGUAUCGACCCUUUCCGGGCACUCUCAGCUUCUUUGUUAGUGUUGGAGUGGGAGUUUUGUCUCAACUUAGGUAUCCGACACCGGUUGCUUUCUAAGGGGCUUACGUUCGGCUUUAACAUCAGAUGUUCCUGUGAUACACACUAUAGCUAGAAACAUCUGGUUCCCUAGUGUCAAGCAGACUCUGCCCUCUAUGUGGGAUUAUUGUAGUGAAGAUCUGCAUUGGGUUUGUUAGAGGUUAUCCUGACCCCUUUUACUUGAGGUCAAAGAUAGAUCAAGCACAAAGUUUCCAUCUACACUAGUCCCGUGCGAGCCUUGGCUAACCGGAGAGCCACCCAAUAUGCGGUUUAAAAACUAGAACUGUAAGUUCUCCCACAAUGCUAGGACAAAGUUAACAUGCAUCACGUGGGUUGGUGGUCCCCGUUCCAUAAUCCAAUGCGCCUCUCUUCAAAUGAUUGGUUAAAUACUAAUAGGUACAAUACCGUACAAGGACUCAGCGUGGCCGAGUGGUUAUCGUAUCGGACUCGCAAUCCGGCGGUCCCGGGUUCGAGUCCCGCUCUGGCCACUUGCUGAAUUUGUACUAGGUCGUCCCGAGUUCAUAUCCUUGGCCACGCUUGUAAAUAGUCAACUGGUUGCCUCCUGCCAGUUGGAGUUUUUAAUCCUGUUAUGUUGUAUUUCAAUUAUUUGUUUCUAAAUAUUUGAGUGGAGUGCCUGCAAACUAGCUGUAUAAGCUAAGAGCACUUUCCACUGUAAAACAAGCCUUUAAAACUUUUUAACGGGGGUAAAAUGGGUUUGACUGGCCUGCAUGACUCCCCGUGCCCAGCGCAUGUUUUAGCCUUUUCACAGUUUGGCUUCCAUGCCGGUAUUGUCUAUGUCUGUCCUCCUUUAUACUACAUGAGGGGCGGACUCUAGCAGAUUUCGCUCAGUAAUGGUUGUUGUUAUAUUCAAUGCUAGUUUCUCAAAAGACUUUGCUUUAGGUUAGGCACUUGGUGUGACGGUAUUGCUCGACUCACAAAAGGCAAGAUUCGUCAUGUUCUUAGGUUCUCUUAUGUCGAAGGGCUAAGUUUUCUGUCUCGAAAAUUUAUUUCUGAGAAGGUCGUAUGUGUGAGAUCCUCUGUGUAACCUCUCCCUAGCAGAUGCGUUUUGCAUGACUCACACGAUUCGUACUUGCCUACUAAAACACGGGACAAAAAAUUUAAGCACUCCAACAAAACCUCAAAGCCCGGGGGAUGGGGGGACUCCGCAUAUGAAAGGGGUGGGGAUGCUUGUCGUCUCGCUUAGGGGUGUAAAUUUCUGAUUUUCGUCUCAUUCAGGGUGUUGUGAGCAAAACGCCAUCAUAUUUAGCCAUGAAGGUCUCGUUUAGGGUUGCACGGGAAUAUAAAAAUGUAUAUUUGAUAUGUAUAUUUUUUUGGUCUCUUUUAGGGGUCGAAAAAAGCUUAGGCCACGCCCAAAUCGGUCUCCUUUAUGGGUUUAAUUCAAAAGUUCCGACGAGCAUCCCCACCUCUUUCAUAUGCGCAGUCUCCCCCCAACCUCAAGGGUGAAAAAAUCAUUCAAUAAUCUUAAUGGUGUUUUCAUAGGUUCUUGUCGCUAUGUCUAUUCAAGUAAAUCGUUCCUGUUCUCAUUAUAUAACAUCAAUGGCUACGCUCCUGUUAAACUGAACAUCAAGUCAAGAAAUUACAGCAACGCUAUAUACAGAUGUUUUGACAGAGGACCAGCGUUUGGUAAUGGACACGACUUGCGGUUAACGCACGAAGCUGAAGGUUAUCGCAAUUCCUACACCUACUGUGGCAGUUCAUUUCCCCUUCCCCCUGGGUACUCUGCAUCUAGUUAUUCCUGUAAAUUUUAUGCUGGAUCCUACAAGUUUACUCCCAGCAAUGUUGAAGUAUUUUACGAGACAACAACUUGA